AUGAAGUAUUUAGCACUCCUAGUCUAUCUGCACCUUUCCGCGACUAGUAUCAAUAAAGAGGACCUAGGACAAGCGAUGAAUAGGCGGCAUUCACUUAUGAAGCCCGAAGCACUUGAUGGAAAACCUAUGUUUCAGAAAGCUAUACCGCUAUCCGGCAUCGCUGACAUAGCGAUAGCAACACCUAAUCCUGAAGCAAAAGAGGUAGAAUGCUGUCCACUCGAAAUUGGAGACAACGGUGUGGCUUUUCCCCUAUACACAAUAUCUGAGCAGAAACUAGCUGAUAACAAGGAUAUGAGGUAA